CGUGUGGCUCCUUAUCAGCACUCGCACCAGUCACACCCCUUUUCUCCUACAAAAGAUAUAACUAGUAGCCAUAGAUAACUACUACCCACUCAGUGCUAAUAUGUUAUCACAGAAACUUCUCGCUGCUGUUGCAGUCUCUCUCGUCGGUGUCCAAGGGUUGGUUAUUCCCGAAGUGGAUUCGUUGGCCGAAUUUGGCAGACUCUUGGAGAACAAGCUCGAUGGGGUCAAGGAGCUGAUGGCCCACCAGGUUGCCACUGUCAAGGAACGCUUGCAAGAACAAAGUUUAGGUAAGGACCAGGUUGCCUUUGGUGGCCAGGAGCCUUUCCUCUACGACGCCAAUGAAGCCUCAAACGUGGCCUCCAGUGAUGGCUCCUAUUUUGCCCCCUUGUUCAAGGCUGUCAAGGAUAUCAUCCCUGGCCAGUACAUCGUGGUGUUGCACGAUGACCUUGCCCAAGAGGACAUCGACAGCCACCACAACUGGAUUAAGACUUUCCAUCAAGACACCAUCUCUACCGCAUCCGCCGGUGGUAACUUGUUGAACUUCUUCAACUUGGAUACCCUCAAGGGUUAUGCUGGUUAUUUUACCUCGGAAAUGGUCAAUGCCAUCCAAAAGGACCCCCGCGUGAAGUUUGUUGAGCACGACGCCGUUUUCACAGUCAAUGAAUUGGAAAUCCAGAAGGAUGCCCCAUGGGGUCUCUCCAGAAUCAGUCACCGUGAGAACACCGCACCUGCUACUGACUACAUAUUCGACUCCGAGGGUGGUAAGGGUGUCACUGCUUACGUUGUUGACACUGGUAUCAAAGUGGAACACGAAGACUUUGAAGGCAGAGCCUCAUGGGGUUCUGCUGUCGCCCUUCCCCAUUUGAAGGUAGACGGCCAUGGCCACGGUACCCACUGUGCUGGUGUGAUCGGAUCCAAGACUUACGGUAUCGCCAAAAACGUGGACCUUGUGGCUGUUGGAGUGAUGAACCUCUUCGGUACUGGUUCGACCUCCGAUAUCAUCAAGGGGCUUGAAUUUGUUGUGAAUGACCACAAGACUAAAGUCCAGGCUAAGACCAAGGGAUUCAAGGGCUCUACAAUCAACAUGUCUAUUGGUGGUGGUGCAUCCGAAGCUUUGGAUUUGGCUGCCAACGCUGCCGUAGCUGCCGAUAUUCAUGUGGCCGUUGCUGCAGGUAAUGAAGACGCUGACGCUUGUCAAAGUUCUCCAGCUAGAGCUUCAGGACCAAUCACCGUCGGUGCAUCUAACGUAGAUGACCAGAAGGCCUCCUUCUCAAACUGGGGUAGUUGUGUGGACAUCUUUGCCCCAGGUGAAGAUAUUGAAUCUACCUUUAUCUGGUCUCCAUCUGCUAAGAUGUCUGGUACCUCCAUGGCCUCCCCACACAUUGCCGGUUUAUUGUCUUAUUACUUGUCCUUAUACCCAGGCAUUGACUCGGAAUUCUCCAAUGGAAAGGUCCUCAAGCCAGCAGACUUGAAGCGCAAGUUGAUCAAGUAUGGUACCAAGGGUGUCAUUCAAAAUUUGGUCGAUGGUCAAUCACCUAACGUCUUGGCAUUCAAUGGCGCAGGUGCUAAUCUUACCGACUUCUGGAACUUGGUAUAGGAUCGACUAGAUAUUAGUUACGUUUUUAUUUACGAUUAAAGGAUUACAAUAUA